ACAGAGGAAACCUCUGCUUUACACUCAUUUGGACUCGGCUCAGAGUGCGGAUCGUUUCGGCGCAGGGAAAGAGCAUCUGCGAUCGGACAUGCAGCAAAUUCGUCAGAGACCGGUCAUUUGAAGACGCGCGUACUCGUUUGAAAUCAAGCGAGCUAAAACAUAACUCAGAUUAAAAAGUACCACAGUAAUGAAUUAGCACUGGAAUGUCUAUUUUCCCAUCACUCUACAGACCUGACUUUUUGGAGGCUGUUUGAGGAAGACAUGAACUCAGUUGAAGUGUUUCUUAUACUACUGGAUAUAAACAAUAAUGCUAAACGCUUGAGUCUGUGGGACUGAAGAGUAACUCCAGAGCAACAUCCAAUAACGACGUCUGGGCUGGAGAGCAGGUGCUUGUCUCUUCUUAAAGAGGAAAACAGACAGAGGAUGUGACACGAGUAUUUCCUUGAACAGUGAUUUCCUGAAAGACACUGAAUCACCACACUAAAUCAGUGUUUGAAUCAGACACUGAAACAGUGCUUCCGAUUAGCAAUCACAGCAGAUUCGUAUUUUAUCGGCUUGUCCUUGUAACGCCGUCCUGUACUGACUGAAGCGACCGGACCAGCGCGCAGACCAGCGUCCUCCGGCUUCUUCCGCUCGGUGUAACCCCUGCGAGAUCACCUCCAAACUAACUUGAUCGCCUGGCCGUCCCUGGAGCCCGCUCAUGGGUGACGCUGGACCGGAUGGCGUGUUACUAUCUUGUGAUCAGCUCCACGCACCUCAGCAAUGGCCACUACCGGAGAAUCAAAGGAGUUUUCCGGGGUCCGCUCUGCAAAACCACCGGAGGCGAAUCACCGGACUACGCUAAGAAUGAGAAAGCCAUUGCAAAAGCCCUGGGGGAUUUGAAGGCCAACUUCUAUUGUGAACUAUGCGACAAGCAGUACCAUAAACAUCAGGAGUUUGACAACCACAUCAACUCAUAUGACCACGCACAUAAACAGAGGCUGAAAGAGUUGAAGCAGAGAGAAUUUGCAAGGAAUGUCUCCUCCAAGUCCUGGAAGGAUGAGAAAAAGCAGAAGAGAGCUCUGAGACGACUGCACCAGCUCGCACAGAUUAAACAGCAAAGAGACAGUGAUGACAGGAAAGGUCCAAAGUUAAGGUCUACAAACAAGGAUAAGGAUCAAGUUAAAAUCCCCUCGGCUGUCAGUAGCAAGUUUGACACAAAACCAACAGCAUCCUCGGUCCAAGACUCAACUCCCAUCUCCACAAAUGUCUCUUUGAAGGGCUUGUCCUCUACUCGUAUACCCACACAUCAGCAGCUAUGUCACGAAAAGCACCCCUUACAGACAAAAUCCUCUGCAGGACACCGGAGCCCCAGGGCAGGAGUCUCGUUCUGUUUCUCCAGGCGAGCUCAAAUGAAGCUUGACUCCUGUGCGUCUGUGUUCAGUGAUGGACUUAAGGAGACCAGUGAAUAUCAAGAGCUCCAGCGCCAUAGGCACAGACUCGCCUUAGAGGCCCUCUGGUCCUGCUCGAGCUCACCCAGAACCCCAAGUAAUGAUGACCACGAUCUAUCCCAUGAUCCACCGACUCUGGGAUGGGCGUAUGGAGGCUCUCAAACACCACAAAUGGAAGCACAAGCAGAACAUGUGGAAAGCCCUGAAAUUCAGGCAAACUACAGCACAAGUGAGCCUGAGAAGCUGGGGUGUCCUGACUCACAAAGUCCUGGAGCAGACUGGAAGCCAGCUGGUUCAGAGGACAGAUUGCUUGAUGGGGGGCAGAGGCCCAGGGCAGAGGGGGCUUAUGGGGGAUCAGAGGAGAGAGAAUGCCUCAAGUGCCCCAGCCCUACUGUUUACACAGAUGGACAGGGCACCAUGGCCCAAGGCCAACCUCAAAUACACAAAGGCUCACACUACCACACACAGAAAAGCAACGAACAGGGUAUUAUGCAAAAUGAGAAGAACUGUAUAUCAGAUAAACAGACAGAGGAGUAUAAAAUACACAAAGUGUGUAAGGAUGAAAAUACAGAUUCUUUGCUUAAUGUACUCAGCAAGGAUGGAAGUGUGACAAAAUGGCCUUUUGAGAUGGUGCAGUACACGUCCAACGAGCCAUACGUAUCUUACAGCUGUAACCCUCUAUACUACCAUUUCAAACACAAGGAGGGCAAAGUAAAAAGCACAAAGGCUAUGGAGACAGAUCUUGGUGUUGUCGACAAGCUCGCAGGCCAGAAUGACAGAGCUCGGCCACAAACACAGGAUGUUCCUGGAGUUAAAUUAGGCAUUUUAAAACCAAAGAGACCCAAACAGAGGACACAGGGGAAAAAACGUAGGUGUAAAUUAGAUGCUGUCAGGAUCCGGCAAGUGGGCUGUGCAUUCAAAACCUGCUCGCAGACAGAAGCUAGAGGACACUUUGAAUUCCAAAGCACUCCAACCGACAUGCCACAAAACAAGCAAGCCUGCACAGAGAGGAGGCACAAGCUGGGGAAGAGGAAAAGAUCAGUGAGAGAUGAGACUUCAAAUGAAAGUGACACCCCAGGGCACAGCCUCAAAAGCAUUGUUGUAAGCUCGCUUUCCGCCCCGGCACGUAAAAGGAAGAAAUGUCAAACGAUGAGGGGGCUUGUGUCGGCACUGCGCUUGGUAAGGCGAAGGCCUUUGCCAUAUUCUGUUCACAACACGACAGGAAGAGAGGAUAAUUAUCGCUGGUAUGACGACACCUACGAUUCAAAGAGGGAUGCUGCCUCAACUCCCACCAGUGACAAAUCUGGGUCAUGGAGUGGCCUGUCAGACUUAAACUCAGAUGGGGAAUGGCCUGUGUACCACACAGGGAGAUGCUCCACCUCACCAAGAUCAAACUAUUUGUACCCUUUGAGAAAGGAGCACAGUCAGUCCAGGUCUUGCAUUAGAAGUUCCUCUUACAAUGAUCCUCACUACAGUUAUAGUCCAUUCAGAGAUUUUGAACAUUACACAGACUCUUAUGUCUACAAUAAACAGAAAUAUUCAACAGUUUGUAACAGCCCAGAUCAGCAUGAGAGGUACAGCGUCAGAAGGCACAAAAGGUUUAUUGAGGAGCAUAAAUACAGAGAGCAUAGAAUUCAACAUACAGGCAGGCAGUUGUUUUAUAGAGUCUAUGACAGUCCUGAACCUCAAGAGGAUGUCAAGGACUGGUGGUAUGAAAGGCUUAGCCCUGUAGGUAGGAGGCACCGGGAGAGAGAAGAACUUCCUUGGUCAAGUCCUGAACGGUGUGAAGACAGGUGGUAUAACAAGCCAGUGUCCAUUCGUAGCCCCAGUUCCUCUAGUAGCACUAGCAUCUCUGAUCUUAGUGGGGACUGGUUGUCUAAUUCUCAUAUUAGGCCAUCUCCUACUAGACAGAGCCAGAAACAUUGCAGUCAUUCUGGAUGGCCAUCCGAGAGAUUGGUCAAGACCAAAUCCUCCCAUUCACUUCUUAGAAAGAGGAGUCAUUCACCCCCAUCAGCUACAAGUAACCAUACAGCUCAGACUACAUCCUUACAAUCAGGUGUUGGGAUAGAUCAUGUUACAGACAAAUCUAACCCAAUGCCGACAGACCAGUUGGUUGAGAAGGAUCCUAAAGUAAAGAAAGCAAAUGUCGCUCUCUUGUUUCCACUAAUUGGUAAAUUACCCUGUAUUAAGAAAGGGGCAAGAAAAAUAAGGAUUAAUAAAGAUGCAAGUGCCAGUAUUAAUAACCAGGUUCAGGUUCAAACAUGUUCAACUGUUUCAUCAAAUCCACAAGUUAUACCUCAAAUUGACAGUAAUACUCCAGAACACUUACGACACACAGAUGGGCAAAAUCCCAGUACAUCCCAAGCUUGUCUUGAAAAUGGCAAGGAGGAUAGAUCAACAGAAACCUGUGCUGCUUUAGCUCUGAAUCCAGACAAAACGUUGUCACAAAAACUCAACAUUAGACACCAAGAGGACAAUGCAGAAAUUGCAGGGAUUCAUUGUCCAAAACGUACAACCCCUCCCCUUUCAGAGCAACCAAUCACCUUCACUGAUGAUGAGAUUGAGAAGUACAGAUUGCUUCAACUCCAGGCCCAGCAGCACAUGCAGCAGCAGCAUCUUCAAAAGCAAGCAUCUGCAGACAUGACCCAUUUACCAGUACCAACUCCAGAGCCACCCGACCAGACUACACUUUCAGCCUGUCUGCCAUACAGCAUACUCCAGCCCUCUUCUCCACCCUCUUCUAUUGCUCCACACCCUUCCCCUGUUGCCCUGCUGCCUCCCCUUCAUCCCUCUCUCUCUCAGGCCCAUUUUGCCCCUCCAAUUCCUGCUGCCUUUUUUUCAGCACCACCUGCUACUGUGUUGGCAGCUCAAUCCCUCCACCUGAUCCCAGCCUCAUCCCUCCACCCUGUUCACCAUCACCAUAAUGUUCCUGGGUUGACUCUCCACCCCCUGCCUCACGCUUCUCUGCUCCCCACGAUGCUCAGUCCAAUGCCCAUGGCUGCCGCCGCUGCUGCUGCUGUUGCUGCUGCCAGCACUCUGCAGAUCCACCCCCUACUACACCCUCUGUUCCACAGCCAUGACCUUCAACGCCACCCUGGACCAACCAGCUAGCUCUGGUCAGAACGAGAGGGAAAAGGGGAAUAAAAAAGAAUAUAGUUUAGACUGAUAGUUUAAAUGUUCAACAAGACCCCUCCAAGUGUGCUGUGAACUUUCUGAUCUUUAGGUUCUACGUUCAGCCAAAGUUCCUGUUGAGUAGUGAUUUUUUUGUUUAAUCUCUGUGUGUUGCAAUGUCGACUCAAAGAUAGCGGGACUUUUUACUUUGUUGUUUACUGUUCCAUUCUUCGUACAGCCUUUGUCUCCCCACAUUAACACACAGAUGAACCUCUCCUGCCUCAGUGCACUAUGAUUUAUCAGCAGUUGAGUCCAAUCAGCAUUUGGCUGAAAUUAAGCAUAACCUGAAGUCAAAUUAGAAUGUUAAUGCCAUUGUUUUAUUUAUUAAGAACUAGAGGAGAUAUCCUUGAGCAACCUUAAACUGACUAAGCAAAAUGUACAUGAAAAUUCAGAAAAAAGCUUUUCAUUAAAAUGUUCUUUUUAGAAUAUGCAAAUUUACAUGAUUAUUUGGUGCAGAAAUACAGCAUGUGAUUGAGCUAUUGUAUCUCUUAAUGGAUUUAGCAGUGUUCACCACUGGUUGAAAAUGUCCCGUUUUUAAUUGUUGUUUUUUUCCUGUGUUGUUUAGUAGGGUAGAGUACGUUUGUACUUGCUCAACUGUAGUGUGGACAUGCAAUAAUGUUUUUUCAAUCUAUUUAAAGUGUAAAAUCUUGAACUGUAUUUAUGUAUUCAUACUUUGUAAUGUAAGUAAUAACGAAUAACAUGCACUUGAUUGUUCAUACAUGUUCAAGAUGGUUUUUAUUCACUCUUAUUUUGGUAGAGCCAGACAUAUUUUCACCUGUAAGAUAAUGUCAUGGGAAUAAUAAUAAAUUAAAUGUCAU